CACAGAGCUGCAAGAUAGCCUGAUUUUCGUGACUGCUUUUUCCUGUUCUUGAUCUGCCUUCUCAGGACACUGCUCUUCUAUAAGACAAGAGCCUGGAAAGAAGACUAUAUUGACUACUGGAAAUUGCAAAAUCAUGUUCCAGGUAACAUUUAGUGAUGUGGCCAUAGACUUCUCUCACGAAGAGUGGCGAUGGCUAGAUUCUGCUCAGAGGAAUUUAUACAAGGAUGUGAUGGUCCAGAAUUAUGAGAAUCUGGUCUCUCUAGGUCUUUCUAUACCUAAGCCAUAUGUGAUCACUUUAUUGGAGGAUGGGAAAGAACCUUGGAUAGUGGAGAAAAAACUGACAAAAGCUAUGUUUCCAGGUUGGGAAUCAAAAUGGGAAAACAAAGAAUUAUCAGUGAAGGAGGAUAUUUGUGAUGAAGAUUCACACCAAACGGUAAUAAUAGAAAAAAUUAUAAGUCAUGAAUUUUCAAAUUUUAACAAGGACUGGGAAUAUAUAGAGAAGUUGGAGGGGAAGCAUGAAAAUCAGGUAGAGCAUUUCAGACCAGUGACUCUCACCUUUAGAGAAAGUCCCACUGGGGAAAGUGUUGACAAAUACAAUACAUUUAGAAGCAUCUUCUAUUUAAAUUUAAAGUCUGUUCUUUCUGAACCACAGAGAAUGUCUGCUGGAGUGAAAUCACAUAAACAUGAUAUAUUUAAGAAGAGUUUACUGAAAAAAUCACUUAUAAAAAAUGAGAAUGUCAGUGGUGGGAAGAAACUUUUGAAUUCUAAUGAAAGUGUGGCAGCCUUCAACCAGAAGAAAUCUCUUACCCUUCACCAGACUUAUAAUAGAGAGAAAAUCUACACAUGCAGCGAAUGCGGGAAAGCCUUUGGCAAACAAUCAAUCCUUAAUCGCCAUUGGAGAAUUCAUACAGGAGAAAAACCCUAUGAAUGUCGUGAAUGUGGGAAGACUUUUAGCCAUGGCUCAUCCCUUACUCGACACCAGAUAAGCCAUAGUGGAGAGAAACCUUAUAAAUGUAUUGAAUGUGGAAAGGCCUUUAGCCAUGUCUCCUCACUUACUAAUCAUCAAAGCACUCACACUGGAGAGAAACCAUAUGAAUGUAUGCACUGUGGAAAGUCUUUUAGUCGUGUUUCACAUCUCAUUGAACAUCUGAGAAUUCAUACUCAAGAAAAACUCUAUGAGUGUCGAAUAUGUGGGAAGGCCUUCAUUCAUAGGUCAUCUCUCAUUCACCAUCAGAAAAUUCAUACUGGAGAGAAACCUUAUGAAUGUAGUGAAUGUGGAAAAGCCUUUUGCUGUAGUUCACACCUUACUCGACAUCAAAGAAUUCACAUGAUAGAGAAACAAUUCGAAUGCAACAAAUGUCUGAAAGUCUUCAGUAGCCUCUCAUUUCUUAUUCAGCAUCAGAGUAUUCAUACUGAAGAAAAACCCUUUGAAUGUCAAAAAUGCAGGAAGUCCUUCAACCAGCCUGAAUCACUGAAUAUGCACUUGAGAAAUCACACUAGAUCGAAACCUUAUGAAUGCAGUAUAUGUGGGAAAGCCUUCAGUCAUAGGUCAUCCCUGCUUCAACAUCACAGAAUUCAUACUGGAGAGAAACCCUAUGAAUGUAUUAAAUGUGGGAAGACCUUCAGUUGUAGUUCAAACCUUACUGUACAUCAGAGAAUUCAUACUGGAGAAAAGCCAUAUAAAUGUAAUGAAUGUGGGAAAGCUUUUAGCAAAGGCUCAAAUCUUACUGCGCAUCAGAGAAUACAUAAUGGAGAGAAACUCAGUAGUGCAAUAAGUGUGGAAAAGCCUUUAGGACAUGUGAAUCACUAUACAUGUGAAAGAUCACAUAAGAGAGAAACUGUAUGAAUGCAGUAUUUGUAAUAAUACACUUCAGCCAUUGAUCCUCCCUGAUUCAUUAUCAGAAAAUUUAUAUCGGAGAAAAGUCUUACGAAUGUGAUGAAUGUAAUGGGGGAGGUCUUUAGCAGAGGUACAAGCCUUAUUGUUCAUCAGAAUUCACACUGUAGAGGAAUCAUGAAGGCAAUAAAUGUGAGAAUGCCUUUGGCCAGUAUUAAUCCCUUAAUUGACAUAAAUAAAUCCACACUGUAUUUACUGUUACAUAUAUGUAACAAUUAUGAGAAAGUUUAGGCAGUGUGACUCAUAAAACAUGUAUAAACAUGUACAGGAGAGAAGCAGUAUGAAUAUAAAAGUUGUGGAAGGUCCUUCAGUUGGAGUGCAUCCCUCAUUCUACAUCAGAGAACUCACACUGAAGAGAAAGCUUAUGUAAGAAAUGGAGCAAAGUGUUCACUAAGUUCUUAUUUUUCUAGACAUCAGAAAAUUAAUGCUAGAACAACCUGAAGGAUGUAGGAAUUAUGUGUAAAUCUUUGCAAUGAUGCCAUUUGUAAACAGUUCCACAGAAGAGCAGACAAGCAUAUUAUAAGUGAAUAUACAUUUCUUACAGCAGUAGCUUGCAAUUUUACUUGACUCCUACAUAGAAAUGAUCUUUAGUUGGCAUGUGAAGAUAUUUAGUCACCCAGUGGAUCCAGUAAAUGUUAUAAAGUUGGAAAACUAAAGCUGCAAAAGAAAUAAAAAGUGGUGUGAAUAAAA